ACCAAUCAAAUGGCCGCUAUACCUAUAAAUGCAGUGUUGUUGCAUUGUUGAAAGCGACAGCGAGGAUCAAAUACUUGAGCUACUGCAGUCCAGUGACGGCCCGGAUGAUUGUGAAGGUUUCCAGAGAAACUGGCCGAAGACUAAAAUGUUUGAGCACACCAACCGUGGGAAAAAGUACUGGAACAAAAUCAGGAAACAGGUCUGGAAGGAAAUGCGUAAGAUGGAUGUUUGGCGACACAAUCAGUCGCGUAAGAAUGGAGGCAAGUACGGUAUACGCUGGUCGUUUUCUGUCGAUGUAGCUGAGCAGGAGCGGAAGUUGAGGCUGGCCGAAUCAAAGGUGCUGUCUGAGGGGGCCACAGGGGACGCGAAGUACUUUAAGCUUGGUGCUUUGAUAGAAAAAGAAUCGCUCAACGCUUUGAGAUGCGAACCCACGCCUUACCAAUCUGACGAGAUCAGUUUAGUGGAUCCAGUUCCGUUAUUUCUAAAUGUUGACAGCCUGCCACCUAUCAAAGAGUUACCGAGACCGGUGAAUGGCUACUCAGAGUAUCCCCCUGAUGAGGUCGAGCCCUACAUUCACGCACAUUGGAGUCAAGAGGACUACGAUGAAACAGAUUCGGACUAG